AUGUCCUGCGCCAGCCGGCGCGUGCUGGAAUCCUGCAAAGCGUCCACCAUCUGCCCGAAGGUUCUGCUCGCCGUCCUGCACGUGGCGCUGCCUGACUUUCGUCCGUUCUGCGUACUGCUCAUCGUCGCGUACUGCCUGUUUUGGGACUGUUCGCUUGAAUCGCGCCCAAUCCCAUCGAGGGCGCCGAUUCUGAGGGUCCUUUGCAACCGGGUUUGGACACUUCGAACGACUCGCCCGAUUGCGACGACCGUGGGUUGCGUCCUCGGAAUUGGCACCAUUGUUUUCUUGGUUUACUGCAUCCUGCCGAGCUGGGUGAGUCUUGUGGUGGCGGGAAUCCUCGUGUACUGGGAUCCAUGGCAUGCUGAACCCGUUCAGGUCUCGAGCAAUCCAACAGGAUCUGAAGACACCCUCACGGAGCAAGAACUAGCCGAAUUUGUGCCCGAGCUUACCGAUGCCAGCCGGGUGUUGUUGCAGGUGGUUGGAGAGCAGGGUGCGGCCGUUGUUCCCGCAGCAGACGGGAAGAUUGCCGAUGCUGGGCAACUACGGGCCGAGGAAGACGAGGAGCUCUAUCUGAGCACGAUGAUUCCAGAGGCCAACAGCAAUGAUUUCGAAUCAGCAGAACUCAGCGGUUCGAGCAGUGAUGAGCUGUUUUGUCCGGAAGGGCCGGUUCUACGGAAGCACGUGGCCGGUCGUCAGCAAGCUCACGGUCGGGGCAAUUCCACCGCCACAACCGGAGACCGACCAAUCGAGUUCAAGAGCAGCCAUUUUAACGCCAACAGCUCGUCGGAUUCGGACGACAACAUGUCUCGAGGGUUGUGCUUUAACGAUGAGAACGACGAGGAAGGCCGCCCAAGGCAUGAUCGAAUGAGUGCCAGCAGUCUCGCCAGUAACGUCCUGGUGGAUACGGUCUUCCGACGUCUGCUGGACACCGCCACACAACCUUCGGUGCAGCAACCACUCCUAGCGCUGCAGCCAGCUGUGCUGCAAAGUGUUGGGCUCGAUCUCCGGAAACCCGUCGGUGGUACGAUACGAGCGGUACGGGGGCAGCCGGUAGCAGAGGUGAACGAUGAAUCGACCGACGGGGACGAGGAUAGCGAUUUUGAAAUGCUAAACUCGGAGGAGUUGAACAGCUUAUGAGCGUACGGCGGUGCGGCUCGCUGUUGAAAGGUUGAGGAUUUGUUUUAGGGAGCUCCAUUUCCCACCUUCGUUUGAUUGAUCGUGUUGCCAUCCCGGUCGUAGGCUGCUGUUUGCACCGUCCCCGUGGCGACCCUAACGUGUAAAUCUUGUGGAUGGUAUCUUACGCUAAUGGUUAGAUAUUACCAUUAAUUUUUUUGUCAAGGAUUUACAUGCUUCCUACACUCGCUUCGCCCUGUUUUUGCUGCACAGCACAAGGACUAAGGGAAAACCUUAAAGGUAUCGAUAACAGUACUACGCGCCAUAGUAUUCUACAUCGUCGAGACGUGUUUCUAAAACGACGAUGUUGUAUUUUCUUUCCGUCGACCAACUGCAUUCAUUUGGCGCAUCAAAUGAAACCAUAGGUGAUUUUUUUGCUGAAUGCCACUAUGCUUCAGGGUUUUUUUUCUACAUAAAAGCCAUGCUCGAGUGGAUGCAUUCACUGGCCAAAGAUUUGUAGCCAACGUGACUCGUCUGUGAGGCUUGGCUAGUUUGGUAAAAUUAAUGAACCAAUUCUGAUUGCGUUAUGAAUUUGGUUUCUACUAUUGAUACUCCUUGCUUUUUCAUUAUAACUUCGUUACCCAACGCUGUUUUUAUUCAGUUCUAGUCUAGCUUUAGUGAAAACUCCAUUGCAGUUAUAGCAUUGAAUGAAUUAUUCAAAAUUGUAGCAACACUAAAAUAUUGUUGAAAAAAAUCAAAAAAAAAAUGCGUGUAUGAAAUGUGAUAUAAUUACAUUAUCGUCAAAAGAAGGCCCUCUCAAACAGAGUGCUGGUGAACGAUAAACUAAAUUUAAUCUGUAAAGACUACUAACAGGAGAUUCAAUGAAACAUUGAUAAAUUGUCAGAUUUGAAUUAUAUAAGCAAAAAUAAAAAUUUUAAUCAUAUUGUG